UUUUUCUUUGUUUUGUUUACCUCUAGUUAUUUUCAUUUUCAAUUUCCAAUCAGGAAGAAGUACUGAUAAAUAAAUGAAAAUGUACUCUGAAAAAAUCGACGAACUUCAAAAAUACUUCAAAACCCACAACAAAUCGAAAGAAUACCUGGGACACAGCGCCAAAGUCCAUUCGGUCGGUUGGAGCUGUGAUGGUAAACGACUUGCCUCCGGAUCUUUUGACAAAUGCAUCAGCAUUUACACGUUAGACCGAGACAGAUUGAACAAGGAAAUAACAUUCAAAGGCCAUACUGGCUCAGUGGACCAGAUAUGCUGGCACCAAACCCACCCAAACUUACUUAUUACUGCUAGCGGGGACAAAUCUGUGAGAAAAUGGGAUACCAGAGUACAAAAAUGUGUGGCUACUGUUAGUACUAAAGGAGAGAAUAUUAACAUUGCUUGGUCACCUAAUGGAAACGCAAUUGCUGUUGGCAACAAGGAAGAUUUGGUAACCUUCAUAGAUGCCAGAACGCACAAAAUAGAAGCUGAAGAGCAAUUUCAUUUUGAAGUAAAUGAAAUUAGCUGGAAUAACACUAGUGAUUUGUUUUUCUUGACUAACGGGCAAGGAUGCAUCCACAUUUUGAGUUAUCCAGAAUUAAAAAAGCAGCACAUCAUCAAAGCACAUCCAGGCACUUGUAUAUGCAUAGAAUUUGAUCCUACAGGCAAAUAUUUUGCUACUGGAAGUGCGGAUGCGCUUGUUUCCUUAUGGGAUGUCAAUGAAUUAGCUUGUAAAAGGGUGUUCACUAGGAUGGAUUGGCCAGUAAGGACUUUGUCAUUUAGUUACGAUGGCAAAUUACUUGCUUCUGCUUCAGAAGAUUUAUUAAUUGAUAUAGGAUUAGUUGAAACAGGAGACAAAAUUGCUAAUAUCAGUGUCGAAGCUGCUACUUUUACAGUAGCUUUUCAUCCUUCCCAAUACUUGUUGGCUUACGCUUGCGACGACAAAGACACUUACGACAGGAAAAAAGAUGCUGGAAGUUUAAAAGUUUGGGGAUUUUCUUCUGACUGAAUAAUUUGAAUUUUGAUUAUAAUUUUUUUUAUACCAUUCUCAUAUCAUUGAAAUAAAGAUUAUUUUGUA